AUGACUGUCGUGCCGUUGAUGAUUUUCGUUCCGUAUGUGAAGGCGUUCGACAUUCCGAACAAGUUAUUCAAGAACGGUGACUUUCUGUAUGAACCAGUAGCCAUCACCAAGCUGGUGCUCGAGAAUCGGCUUAUCUUUGCCUCCGGUCUGUUCGACUUUGGCACCAAACUCAUCCCACAGCUCAGUAUCCUGCUGUCUUUGGUGACAGUGAGCGAGUUGCUGGGAAAUGGCGAGGUGAAGGUGCUACCUGGUCCGGCGAAGGAGACUAUUCAGUCGGUGGCAGUGAAGUCGACGGCGACCAAGCCGCAGAUUGAUGCAUCCAGCACCGGUAAUAAUCCAGCAGCUGACAUUAUUAAUUCUCCAAGCUCAGAUCAGGGGGGAUUGGUGCGCGCUCUGAUCAAGUGGAAGGAUGUCGUUGCCAUCGCGUCGUUUGUCCUGUGGGGAACAAUCGUGGUCAUUCUACACUCGAUGGCUGCACACCGCGCCGGACACUACAAGGUUGUCGGCUGCCGGGCAGAAACUCGACCCUGGUUCUCCAACGGAAAGGAGCCGUGCUCCAGUCUAGUAUAUGACUGCCACGCCCACGGCACUACGUCGCCAAACACGAGCUCAUUUAGUAAAAUGGACCCCGCUGCACUCUCCACAUUGGCGAUUGUGCACUGUCCCGCUCUGGUGAUGCCGCCCGACAUCCAGCGCUUUAGCAACCUCGUCAUGAUUCACAUCUACAACUCGACUAUUGUUAACUGGGACACGGAGAGCUCCAUCUCCGCUACUGCUCAUACGCAUCUGCUCUCCGUACUGGUCGGGAAGACGAACAUGGCCGAAUUUCCGGAGGGUUUACUGCAGCCUCUGCCUGCCACCAUGAUGAGCGUACAGUUCUCGGAGACGAACCUGACCAAGCUUCCAGACGAUCUGUACUUGCGGUGGCGUUUUCUGGCCACGGUAGUGUUCGAGAACGGCAUCCUGACCGAGAUUCCGUACCAAAUGUUCUUCUUCCCAGCGUACACUUUGUCGUUCGCGGGGAACCGGAUCGAGUCCAUUCAGUCGCUCGCCAUGAUGCCUCCUGGGAUGGUCAUACCGGAGCUGCUGCUCAAGAACAACCCGAUCAAAGAACUGCCAGCGGCACUGAUGGACCCAACGACAUUCAUCAUGUCGCUCAGCGUACAAAAUACGUCGGUGAGCACGAUGCCCGACUGGGUGAAGACCCAAACGGUCGUCGUUUGGGCGUACGAUACACCGUUUUGCAGUGCACCGAUGACAGACCCUGAACUCGCGUCUAAGGUGAUGUGCUUCGAACGCCCCAAAAAGCAGGAAUCCUUCUUCCCGAUGUACUUGUUUGAACAACUCUACCCGUCUGAUUAA